AUGGACAAAUUAACACAAUUUGUAUCGAAGUCGUUUGAAAACAACAACAAUACGAGUGAUCAGUGCUUAAAUCUCACUUUCGAAGUUAAAAACACAUCAUCCGAAUCGCCCUCGAUUAAAUCAGAAAAAGAAUACCAGGACGAAGCCAGAAAACCAAAGAACUGGUUGAUAUCCGAUAUAAGGAAGACUCCAUCGCCACCCCCCCAUGGAUGUAUCGAUUUAAGUUUAAAUGCAGGUUUCAUAAAAAAUAAUGACGAUUCUAUGGAAAACGGUAGUGCCGGUACCACGCCAAUAGAUCUAGAAGACUCGAAAUCUUGUUCGGAAACUGUUGAUUGUGAAAAACGGGAAAUCAACGUCCAGGAUAAUGCAUGUGAGGAUAUUGACAGUGAUAGUAAGAUCUGUGUGAUCGGAGAUAAAGACGAUUCAACCUUAGAAGACGCUCCUUCGUUAUCCAGACAAACCCCACCACCGACGAACAACUCCAAAUCAACCACCAAGCAACGUAGAUCAAGAACAAACUUCACUUUAGAACAGUUAAACGAAUUGGAAAGAUUAUUCGAUGAGACUCAUUAUCCUGACGCAUUUAUGAGAGAAGAACUCAGUCAGAGGUUGGGUCUGAGCGAAGCGCGAGUUCAGGUAUGGUUUCAAAACAGAAGAGCAAAAUGUCGGAAACACGAAAAUCAAAUGCAGAAGGGUAUAUUAAUGAACAGCCAAAGUCCGCCCUCGAGCACACCACUGGAACCGUGUCGAGUAAUACCGUACAUGAACGUACCGGCUUUAAGGGGGUUAACACUAGCUCCUGGUUCAGUCGCGUUGUCCAAUUACGAGCGAUUAUCUACGGCAUCGUUUUCUCAGCAAGGUACAGCUUUUUCGGCGAUCAACUCGGCAUUUAUUUCAGCGGCCCACCAGUACGCAGCUGCUGUAGCGGUUGGAAGCAAUCCCGCGAGCAUACUAUGCCCGCAGUAUCCUCUGGAAUUCGCCGCUCUAGCGGUAGCUCAUAAAAAUUCUAGCAUAGCAGAUUUGCGGUUAAAGGCCAGGAAACACGCGGAAGCGUUGGGAUUGUCAGGAUUGUCAUCGAGAGAAAAACAACAUAAUUAG